AGAUGUACGCACGUUUAAACGCUAGGGGGCGAUCAUGCCUUGCAAAGAGCGUUUAGUAAAAUUACAGGAAUAAUAAGACUAGAUAAAACGUAGUCUGAUCAAAAUGGUUGUGACAUUUGCAUGAUUUUACGAUUUAUUAAUAAUUUAUCAUGCCGUGAGUGAAUACAACAAAUUGGAAGUACUCGAAGGAGCUACAACUGCUGGAUAGUAAAGGAUAUACAGUUUGUCAAGAUGCGUGCGAUUAGGAAAAGAGUCGUAAAUCAUAAUUAGCGAAUAGCAACGUUUACAUUCUAUUUCUAUCGAUGUCGAUGUCGGACGAGGAGAAGGAAGAGGAGAAGCCGUUCGCGGUGGAACGGGCGAAAAGCGGUCGCGCCAAGUGCAAAAAAUGCAAGUGCCCCAUAGAAAAGGACACCGUAAGGAUCGCGAAGCUAGUCGCGAAUCCGUUCUCCGAUGGCAAAAUGAAAGCCUGGUAUCACUUGAGCUGUCUGUUCGAGGUGUUCGCCAGACAACGGGCUACCACCAAGAGAAUAGACGAUCCCGAAGAAGAUGUAAGCGGUUGGCAGGAUCUGUGCGACGAGGACAAAACUGCGAUUCUUCAAAGAAUCGAGGAGUUUGAAAACUCGUCUCCGUUCAAGACUCCGAAGAUGACACCGGCCGCGAAUCAAUCCUCUGGCUCGAAGAAACGUAAACUCACUCGUACGACGGAGUCGGAUCCUUCUCCUAACAAAAAACCGAGGAAGAAAGAGAAGAAUGGCUCCACGUCCACCAUCGACGACGCAUCGGAUAUCUCAGGAUCGGAAAAGACGCCCGAGAAGGUGCGAAAACCGACGAGAGACGACGCGUUUCAGGAAUUUCAACGGGUCUGCGAUAACGUGGCCAAAGUCGACGCCUAUACCGACAAGACGGCGAUUCUAAGAAAGAUGCUAACCAGAGGGUCCGAAGGUGAUGGUUUCAACAGCGACGUAAAGCUGUGGUGCAGAAUGCUGCUUCCGGGGGCAGUGAAGAGGAUAUACAACUUGCAGAGCAAACAAUUGGUGAAGCUGUUCUCUCGUAUCCUGCUUGAGGACGAGGACGAGAUGUUGGAGCAUCUCGAGCAAGGAGACGUGAGCGAAACCAUCCGGGUGUUUUUUGAAAAGAGCGUAGCUUUAAAACCAGCUGCAAAAAGCGUACUUACAAUUCAAGAGGUGGACGAGUUUCUGCAACAGUUGUCGUUUCUAACUAAGGAGGACGAACAGAUUUGUCACUUUCGUUCGAUCGUUUCCAGAUGCACCGCAGGCGAUCUAAAGAUGAUCAUCCGGCUGAUCAAGCACGAUCUAAGGAUAAACGCUGGCCCGAAACAUAUUUUGGCCGCGGUACACGAUGACGCGUACAAAGCCUUUCAAACGUCCAGGGACUUGGACAGCGUGAUCGAACGAUGUUGGCGAGGAUCCUCGAAAUUCGAUAAACCGUCUUCGUCGCCGGGUUCAUCUUCCAACGUCAAGAUCACGCUCUCGCUGAUGACACCUGUCUUACCGAUGUUGGCGGAGGCUUGCAAAUCCGUGGAAAUGGCGAUGAAGAAAUGCCCGAAUGGAAUGCUGGCCGAAGUGAAAUACGACGGAGAACGGGUCCAAGUGCAUAAGAAGGGAAACGAAUUUCGGUAUUUCAGCAGAUCCUUAAAACCGGUGCUUCCUCAUAAAGUGAACCUCUUCAAGAAUUAUAUUCCGAAAGCCUUUCCAGACGGCGAUGACUUGAUUCUAGACUCCGAGAUCCUUAUGAUAGAUACGAAAACUGGACAACCAUUGCCCUUUGGUACCUUAGGCAUUCAUAAGAAAGCUGAAUUCAAGGAUGCCAAUGCCUGCUUGUUUAUCUUCGACUGUAUCUAUUAUAACGGGGUUGUUUUGUUGCAUAAACCCAUGAUGGAACGAAGGCGAAUUUUAAGAGAAAGUAUGACGGAGAUACCAAACAGGAUAAUGCUGUCGGAAAUCAAGGAAGUCUAUAAAUCUCAAGACUUGGCAGAAAUGAUUGCCAGGGUUCUUAAAAUGGGCCUCGAAGGAUUGGUGCUUAAGGACAUCCACAGCAAAUACGAGCCGGGUAAAAGACAUUGGUUGAAGGUAAAAAAGGAUUAUUUAUACGACGGUGCGAUGGCCGAUAGCGCAGAUCUCGUUGUGCUCGGCGCAUGGUACGGCACGGGAAACAAAGGUGGUAUGAUGUCGGUAUUCCUGAUGGGCUGCUACGACGAAGAUCGUGGCAACUGGGUAACAGUAACAAAAGUACACACCGGUCACGACGACGCAACCUUAGCCAUGCUUCAGGAUGAACUCGAUAUGAUAAAAAUAGGUAAAGAUCCGGCCAAAGUACCACUCUGGUUGCGCGCUAAUAAACCAAUGAUUCCUGACUUUGUCGCAAAGGAUCCAAAGAAACAGCCAGUGUGGGAAAUAACAGGAGCAGAAUUUACCAAUCAAGGUGUUCACACAGCUGACGGUAUUAGUAUUAGAUUUCCACGGGUAACGCGUAUUCGUUCUGAUAAAGAUUGGUCUUCCGCUACUACUUUGAACGAUUUGCGACGUCUUUUCAAGCAGAGUUCCGAGUCGAUAGAUCUUAGCCUUCUUUUGUCUUCGACCUCUGACCAUAAGGAAGAAGGUGACGAUAAGACAACCAGACAUGAUUCCUUGCCAAAUGCACAGGAGAAACAGGAAAGAAAAUUAAAAUCUCCGUCGAAAAGAAAUGACGAUUUUAAAAUGAUCAAGAAAAAUUGCUCUCCGAACAAGUCACUCGCAAAAUCAAAAGCUACCUCUAAUCGUGUAAGAGCCGACACUAGCAAAAGAACGAACGAAAAAGUAUGCAGCAGCGAAGGAACCAAUGUCUCGGAUCAAAAGGAUGCGAAACAAGCAGAAUUUUAUGCUUUCGUAAAUAACGAUUACAUAGAAUAUUCUGCCAUGGGAAUUCCACUAAAUUGGAUCGAGGGACGAAAGCCAGAAAACGGACUUCCGUCGGAUGCAAAACCAUUAUGUAAUCUAACAGAUAACGAAUUGACGUCUAAGAGUAUUUUAAAGGGCGCGCCAGUCAGUUUAGCGUCAGGUUUUACAAAAAGCAAGGAAGAAGACAUUCGCAAGUUACUCAAAACUCUCGGGGCCAAGGUGUUGAACGAUCAAGAGAGAUCCAGGGCCAUGUACGUGAUUCAUUCUUCCAAGGAGAUUCCAUCAUCCCUUGUGCGCGAGUUUGAGGACGUGUCGAAGACGGCAAGACACGUGAGUGUCUCUUGGGUAGAGGCAGUUGUCUCGACUUGCGAAAUUCAAGAAACGGAAGAGCAUGCGGUAGAACUGAUCGCCGAUUACUGUUCCUGUCCCUGUUUACAUCGGUGAUGUGCAGGUUCUCGACAUUCAUUUGCUACACCCGUAUCAGCAUGCAGUCUCUAUUUUCGGAUCGGUUUGGUGUCGCUCGGAAUGGAUCAUUCUUUGUGAAAGAAUGCGAUGAGUUUUAUACGUUGGAAUGAAAUUGUAAAUUUUUUAUCAGCUAUAAUAAUAAAGUUAUAAUGGCAGCUGUCAGGUGUAUUCGGAAUAAAGGAGUUAUUGGAACCGAG